AUGCAAGCGAACGAUCCAAACUUCCCUGCAGGCCCUUAUCCUGCCGGCCAGCAUAUUCUACCGCCCCCACGUCCUUCCUCCCCAUCCACGGCAGGCUACCGCCUGAAUCACCUCAUGCUACGCAUCAAAGAUCCCGAAGUAUCCCUCCGCUUCUACAACGACUGCUUCGGCCUGCAUACCGUCUUCAUCUUCAACGCCGGCCCCUGGACGAUAUACUACCUCGGUCCGCGUGACACGCAGAUCAGCACCCUCGGCACAUCGAAAGGCCUGCUGGAACUGUACCAUAUCCCUGCUGACAAGGAUCUGGAGUAUGUGAAUGGAAAUGAAUACGGAAAGGGAGGUGUAGGAUUUGGGCACCUAGGGUUCACGGUUCCGGAUGUUGAGGAGGCGCUGGAGAGGGUGAGGAGGUUUGGAUUCGAAGUUAUUAAGCCUUUGGGUGAGGAUAAGGAGGAAGGGAUGGGCUUGCCGGAAGAAGUGGUGAAAGGGAAAGAAGGGAAGGUGGCGGAGGGGUAUAAACAUGUUUUUCGGCAGUUGGCUUUUGUGAGGGACCCUGAUGGUUAUUGGGUUGAGAUUGUGCCGCAGGUUGUAAAGAGUCCGGGGAAAUAG